ACGCGCCCAGGGUCUACCGGCACCGCCGAAGCCUUUUUGUUUUUUGCAACAACGCAUCUCGAACGCCCAUCAAUGCUCGUCGCGAUUACAAUCACAAACGACGACAGGCAACGCACAGCGUUCACAAACAGCGCCACAAUAGCCACGCUCUGAUGGAGAGGGCGGCGGCUGUCGGCGCCACGUCGCCUUUCGACGCGUCUUUCGGGAGGCCGAACCUGUUGGGCAGCCAGGAGGUGAACAUCUUGCACCUCGCCGACCUCCUGCAGGUGCACGACCACGAGGAUGAGGACGACGCAGCGGAGGUCGUGGGUGACGAGACUUCGGUUCCCGUCGCCUCUGAAGCCAGGCCCGACGGCAGACACGCUUUGCCGGCGCCGAGAGCCGGCCAAGAGCUCCGAGUGGUCGAGGUGCUGGAUCAGGAUACAGCGGCUCAUGGUCUCUCCUGCCUUGGCCACUCGGCUCUGGGCACAGAUCUGGUGUACCUCCACCUGGCACUCCCCGGGUAUGGGCUCAAAGAUAUUGGGAUUCUAUCUGGCUAUGUUCACAUACAAAAACUGGACCUUUCUCACAAUAAGAUUAAAGAGCUUUCUGUUCUUGGCAACAUGCCAUAUCUUGUGGAUCUGAAGGUCUCGCAUAACCAGCUGACAAAGCUAUUUGAAUUUUCUACUCUCCGUUUCCUCAAGGAGGCUGAUUUCUCAUACAACACCAUCAGUGAGAUGAAGGAUCUGUCUGCUUACAAAUCCCUCACAAAGCUCGUUCUUGACAACAACAACAUCAGUGAAAUCAUCGGCCUGGAGGAGUGCGGCAGCCUGGCUUAUCUAAGCCUCGCACACAACCGCAUUCGGCGUCUCGAUGGGCUGGGCAGCCUUCCCCUGCGCUAUCUCUGUCUGAGAGGCAACCACCUAAGAAAAAUAACAGGUUUGGAAAAACUCUGGAAGCUCGAGAAAGUGGACCUGUCUGGCAACAAGAUACGGAGCCUCAAGGGACUGGAGGGACACUACCGCUUGCAGGAGUUGGACAUGGAAGGGAAUCAGGUCACGGAACUGGCCGAGGUGAAGUACAUUAAGGACCUGUCACUACUGAGGGUGCUGAAUCUGCUGCGAAACCCAGUGCAGGAGAGUCCAGGGCACCGCAUCGCCGCCGUGUUCCAGCUGCAGAUGCUUGUGGAGCUUGACCUCCGCCGGGUCACCGUGGAGGAGAAGGUGGCUGCUGUGAACAGGUUUAACCCUUCUCCGGAGAUGGUAGCUGCGCGGGACCACGUGAUCCAGGUGGUUUAUAGCACGCUGCAGCCACAAAGAGUUCUUGACAGCACCCUGCCGUCGCUGGACACGCCGUACCCCAUGGUCGUUUUGACGGGGCCCAGGGCGUCCGGCAAGCGCGAGCUCAAUCACCGCAUCUGCCGCGAAUUCUGCGAAUUUUUGGGCUAUGGUGUUUCCCACACGACCAGAAGUCCCUACCCUGGGGAGCAGGAUGGAAAAGACUACCACUUUGUGACCAAGGAGACCUUUGAGAGGCUAGUCUGUGAUGGAAAGUUUCUGCAAACAGAGAAGUACGACGGGCACAGCUACGGAUUGAGCAUCGAGGAUGUUGAAGCUCUUGCCAGGGAUGGGCUGGCGUGUGCCGUGCACAUGGAGCUGGAGGGAGCGCGUAGCCUCAAGCGGACGUACUUCGAGCCUCGCUACUUGCUGGUCGUGCCCCUGGACCGGAAGCGCUAUGAGAGACGGCUGCUGCAGCGUGGACUCUACGACAAGUCCCAGAUGGAGGCGUCGCUCGCCGGCCUGGACGCUUGCCUCGCCGUCAACCAGGAUAUGCCAGGCUUCUUCGACGCAGUCAUCGUCUCAGAUGACCUGGAGGUGGCCUACUCCAAGCUGCGUGAGCUCAUGUGCCAGUACAUGGGUCUGGAACCGCCCCAGUCAGGGGCCGAGUCAGCACACCAGGACGCGGGUCACGUGGUGCCGCCUCUCCUCGGCAGCACAGGCGAUCGACCGACCUCUGCCACCCUCUCGCGUCUCACAUGGACCAAGGGCCCAUCGCCCCAGCCGCGCGAGAACAUGCAGUACCUGUCCAGGCUGCAGUCCAAGAUGCAGCCCCAGCUCACGCCUUUGGAGGAGGCAUCUCUCCUGGUUCGCCAACAGGCAGCACGCGACGCUGUAACAGGAAAGGCUCUCAGUGCCAACUCCAAGCUCCUGGGCAGUGGUCCCAAGUCAGCACCUGCCACACUGUUGGGUGCCAACACUCGUUCUGCCAACCACACCGAUGGUGCCAACACAGGCAAAAGGCCUCUGGGGUCUCAGGUGAGCCUCGGCUCCACGGAGCUGUCGUUGGCCAGAGCCCUGUCGGACGGCGCGUCGGAUGAGUGGACUGCCUCGCUCUCGGGCCUCAACAGCCACCGUGAAGGCGACUUGGACGCCGCCGAUGAAGAUGACGACGAUGACUGCGGGGAUGGCGGCGGUCUGGCCCUGCAGCGUGGUGGGGAUGGACAGGUAGAAUCGCUGGACGUGAGAGCUCUGAGCCGCUCGGACCGCAGCCUCACAGAGUCAGAAGGCGGACCGCUGGCCCCCCGGCCUCGCCCCAGCGAGGUGGUGGAGGCGCUCCGUGCGCCGCGCGAGCCCGAGGCGCCCCCAUCACCCAAACCUGUGCUGCCGCCCAUCCCGGCCGGCCGUGUUGAAGAGGGCGACAACGCGUCUCCGCAAUAAAAUAAACUUUUAUUUUACUUCAACAGGUAAGGCCCCACUGAGCUAUGUAGCUCUUUUUCAGAAGUGACCUGCCCACGAAUCUCAACAAAGUGGCUUAUCAUCACGUGGAAGCACCCUCACGUCCCACGCUGUCCCCCACCCCCGUCACCCACGCUCACUUUGAUUCCUGAUUUGAAGCGUGGAAUCCAGUCGGCAGGUGAGAUGGUGCAUCUUGCAAACUUAAGGUUUGGCACGAUAGUGAGGAUAUUGUUGAGAGUUUACAUGGCCGUAGUGUUAGUACUGGAAAGAGUGCCUGGAUAGGUUGUGUCAGACUCGUGUAGAAUCGUCGUCACUGUUUGUGUACAAUGUCAUUACACUGCUAGAUGGCAAUUAUUUGACCAUAUUUCACCACACUGGUCAGUACGGCCUGGUGAAGGCAGAGAGCAUAGAUGUGGGAGCAUAAUACAGUACAAUGGAUUUUGGCGGAUUCACCUCUGCUUUGCGCAACGUAGCUCUGCAGCAGUCUAAAACACCAAUUUUAUUCAUGUGGCCGACCAAUCUAUGCACUCUCCAGGCAUAAACCUGCUUCGCUUGAGAUAUGAAAUUGGGCCCCAUUUCAGGUGAUUUGGUUAUUGGCCUUCGAGCACUUUCAUUAGCUAUCAAUCGGGCACAUAGUGAUGCAUCAUUAAUUCCAUUAGAUUCUUGCCCUCAGAAUACAUGCAUUGGGCAUGUAAAAAUGUAUUAUUUUAAAUCCCCACAUGCUUUAUAUUCAUGUGUUCAUGUGACUGGUUCAUGCACUUGAGGAAUUAAAAAAAUAGACUUGCAUCGAAUAUGGAUGUCAGAUUGUGACCGUUCAUGGAAUCGUGCGGGGUGACGAGUCAUCACAUGCCUUUCGUCGUCACCGUCAUCAAGAUGAACUUACCAGCGUAAUCAUCAAGCUUCUUGUUUGCGAUGGUCAACAGUGAAUGAAAGCAACUUGAGGCUUUCGUUUUUUAGACUUAGUGCACAAGCAGUACAGUCCAUUAUUAAAGAGUACGAUUUGUAAUGUAUAUUAGACUUGAUAUUUAUUCACUCAUAAAUUACAACACAGACUAAUAUAUCCUGAACUUUUUGACGGUCAUUAACUAUAUCAGUCUCAUUGUUCUCAGGCUUUGAGAGGAAGAACACUUACGCGUGAACUUUAUUAGACGUGCGCUUUACGCCACAUACAGUUAUACAUAGCCAGCGACCAUUAUUAGGCCAUUGCGGGCAGAGUUUGGGAAUCGAUCGGAUGUAAAUCGCUGGACAAUUCUGGCAAGCACUGCAGGAUUCAGUGCAAAAUGACGACCUCUUGACCAAACAUUGCAGCAUACAAACACUGCAUUCCAGUUCAAGCAAUAGUAUGUGCACAUAGGUAUAAAAGUACAUCAUGACUUGACAAUUGGUGAUAAUAAUGAGAUGCAGCCUUACAAUAAUUACCUGGACGGACACAUUAUUCUGGAUUUUUUUGUAAUUAAGUUUUCAGUUAAAACAUAAUCAAAAUACCUUGGCAAAUGGGAGUGAAAAUCAGUUUUAAUGAAUAUUGUUAAUCCUUUAAAAUUCUGUAUUUCUAACUAAACGUUCAUCCUUUGUCGUUCAACCACUCCCAAGUCAGGCCAUACUUUUCAAUCACCCCUAUUACAGCAUCACACUUUCACACACAAACCUAACAGCCCUUGAGCCAUUGGCCAACAAAUGGCUUAGCGGUACCACCCAGGAUGGCGAAUGCUAACCACUGUGUUGUUUUAGUAUUUUAUCUCUGCAUUACAAACACGUGUGAUAGCAAGGUCACCGUGGUUGCCUUUUCUGAAGAAAAAACGGUAAAAGACUGGUACAGUAAAACCUUGGAUUGCGAGCAUAAUUCGUUCCAGAAACGUGUUUGUAAUCCAAAGCACUCGUAUAUCAGUUGUGAUCACGUGACGCUCGGCAGACAAAGCGUAUACACGUACUACUCGUAUUGCAAGACCUCGCUCGUUUAUCAAAUUAACAUUUAGUUAAUUUUUGCUCGUCUUGCAAAACACUCGCAGAUCAAGUUACUCGCGCAAUCCAAGGUUUUACUGUAUAUACAUAUUUGACAGGAAAUAUUCUUUUGGGGGAAAGAAAAAGUGAAAACGCAUUUUCCGAACAUGCAAACAUCUAGGCAGUGCGUAUGCGAAAGACUCUAUACACGCUAAGAUUUCUGCCCAUGGUGGAUACCAACAGAAUUUUCCACCUCAGGUGGUACCGACCAAGCCCUCGGCUCAUGCGCUAUAACACAAGUGCACACCUGCAAACGCAGGCAACAGAAAGUGCACAACCCUGUGCGUGUACGAGAGAACUUUGCCUCAUAUGGCAAUGACCCUUGACCUUACCGCUCGUGAUGGUAAUGAUAUCUCCCAAGAACACAGAAUUUCACUUUGACUGAACCUGGCCGUGCGAAGUUCAUGUCUGUCGUUUCAUUGUACGGUCCCGACGGCCGUUAAUACCAGCAAGUUGGUGAGGAUUGUAACAGACUCAAAGUUAUCGGGAAGUAAAGUAUAUUUACACAUUUCAACGAUGCAUUCCUAUUCUGCACACAAGAUAUGUGCAUAAGGACUCUUUAAUGCGUAUAAUUGUACUAAUUCAUCUAAAAUAAACUUUUUUCUGUGCAGUAGGCAGUUAUCAAGUAUUUUUUUCUCUGUCUUAAAUAAUGAUGCAACCCAUAGAAACAAAACAAAUAACUCUAGUAAAUGGGGACCUAUGCUGUGCCUUUGGCUAUUUGACACGAGUUUGAAGCUUCGUUCAUGAGGAAAAAAACAUUUACAA